CUUAUCUACGCUGCAAUGACCACCCACCGCUACAUUAAUGCCGACUUACAGGAGGCGGCCAAAAAAGGCAAACUUGAUCCAUUCAAGGCUUAUCAGGGGAAUCUUGGUUGCCUACUGACCCCAAAUGAAAACACAAUAUUACAUAUCUACCUUACCUCUUCAAAAAAAAGAACCACCAAUUUUAUAAAAGAGGUAGUUGGCAUUUGUCCGUCACUGUUACUGCAGGUCAAUAACCACGGUGAUACUCCGCUGCACAUUGCAGCCAGGUGCGGGCAUACUGCUGCAGCAAAAGAGCUAAUCGAACGGGCAAAGGCGUCAGUGCAUCAUGAAAUAGAUAUAGAAAGGGGAGAAGGUCCAAAAAAGAGGGAAAUGGAAGAAAUGAAAGCUGUAAAGGAGAUGUUAAGGAUGAGAAAUAAAAAUGAAGAAACGGCAUUGCAUGAGGCUGCACGAAAUGAAAAAGGUCUGGAUGUUGUGAAAGAAAUAUUAAAUUAUGAAGUUCAUGAUCAUGAUGGGUUUAAAUAUUCUGCCAAUGAUUGUGAGGAAACUCCAAUUUACCUGGCUGCUGAAAAUGGAUGUUAUGAGAUACUUGAUAAACUGGUAUGUCAUCAACAACUACUAUCACCGACUUAUGGCGGCCCCAAUGGUAAAACGGCAUUACAUGCAGCAGUAGUGCAAAGCUCUUCCAUAAGUUUAGGUCAAUCAGUAAAAUUGGUGAUGAUAAACAAGCUAAUGGACAAAGGCAAAAGAUUACUCGGAGUAACAGAUGAAAUACUAUGGACCUCAUUCCAAUAUGCUGCGCAUAAAGAGAUGAUAGACUCACUAUUGGAUACAUGGAGUAACUUGGCCAAAGAAACAGAUGAAAAAGGAUGGACUCCACUUCACUAUGCUGCGUAUAAAGGUUAUACUCCAGUGGUUCGAAUGCUAUUAGAUAGGGAUAAGGAUAAAUUUAGUGCUUACAUUGCCGAUAAUGAUUGGGAGAGGACUGCUCUUCACAUUGCAGCGUGUCGAGGCUUCCAAGACAUAGUGAAAGAGAUCAUUUCUAAAUGCCCAGGUUGCAGCGAACUUACUGACAAAAGAGGCUGGAAUGUUCUUCACUAUGCAGUGAUCAGCAAAAGUGAUAAAGUAAUAAAAGAAGUGCUCAAACAUUCAUCAUUGCUUUGCCUUUUAAAUAAGAAAGAUGUUGAAGGAAAUACGCCUGUCCAUCUAUAUAAAGCUUAUCAUCCCAGUUUGCCUGCCUUCAUAGAAAAACGAGAUGUAUUCUUGUUUUGGAGAAAACUGCACUAUCAAAUCACAGGAUACUCAUCCUCAAAGGUCAGUCAACUAACAUAUAUCUUGUCACAAUAUAGAUAUUAA